CCAACAUCCUGGUCUCGUCACGAGCCCCACACGAAUUACAGGGUCCAUUCUGGGCUCGUGCGAAAGCGAAGUUCGGGACAUCCUUCGCACUGGCUCGCAGCGGAAUUAGGGCGUCCCGACCUCGUCCGGACUCGGUCUCACCACAGAAACGGUGACGGCACCAUAUUUGGCCACAUUGCACUUUACGGUGCGCAGUAGGCCCGACAAAAGAACAGCGGGCCCUGUCUGUUGUUCUUGUUGCUGUAGUUAGUGUUCAUUUUGGCCUCAACAGCAGACGCACGAGCCGCUGCACCACAACCGAAGGACCACCUGUUCCUUGACCGCCAGCUGCGACCUAUAUUCCCUCCGCUUGCGCCCACACUCCCUUCUCCCUUCUCCAGCACCAUGGCGCAGCUCGACACCCUCGACAUCGUCGUGCUGGCUGCACUCCUCAUCGGCACAGUCGCCUACUUCACCAAAGGCACCUACUGGGCUGUCUAUGGAGACCCAUAUGGCAGUUCGGGAGCGGGCGCCAACGGCGCAGCGAAAGCGGCCAAGUCGCGGAAUAUCAUCGAGAAAAUGGAGGAAUCGGACAAGGACUGUGUCGUUUUCUAUGGCAGUCAGACCGGUACCGCUGAGGACUAUGCAUCUCGCCUGUCCAAGGAGGGGCACUCACGCUUCGGGCUCAAGACCAUGGUAGCUGACUUGGAGGAAUACGACUUUGAAAACCUAGACACUUUCCCAGAGGACAAACUCGCCGUCUUCGUGCUUGCCACCUACGGCGAGGGCGAGCCCACGGACAACGCCGUCGAGUUCUACGAGUUUAUUGGUUCAGAGGACGUCAGCUUCAGCGGAGAAGGAGGCGACGACGAUAAGCCCCUCAGCAAACUCAAAUACGUUGCCUUCGGACUCGGAAACAACACCUACGAGCAUUACAACUCCAUGGUUCGCAAUGUGGACAAAUACUUGACUACCCUCGGUGCAACCAGACUGGGAGCUGCUGGCGAGGGCGACGAUGGUGCCGGUACUAUGGAAGAGGACUUCCUGGCCUGGAAGGAGCCCAUGUGGACUGCAGUGGCUGAGAAAAUGGGCUUGGAGGAACGCGAGGCUGUAUAUGAGGCCGUCUUUGAGGUCACCGAGAGGGACGAUCUCUCUGCGGAAGACGACACUGUGUACCUUGGUGAGCCAAACAAGAACCAUCUUGAGGGCAACCAAAAAGGCCCGUUCAACGCCAACAACCCAUUCAUCGCACCCAUCGUCGAGUCAUCUGAGAUCUUCACCGCCAAAGAUAGAAACUGCUUACACAUGGAAAUCAGCAUUGCCGGAUCCAACCUGUCCUACACCACCGGUGACCACAUUGCUAUCUGGCCCAACAAUCCUGGAAGAGAAGUCGACCGUCUCUUCAAGGUGCUCGGCAUGGAGAACAAGCGUCACAGUGUUAUUACAGUCAAGGGGCUCGACCCAACCGCAAAGGUGCCUUUCCCGUCCCCGACUACUUUUGACGCGGCGCUCCGCUUUCAUAUCGAGAUUGGUGCUUCCGUCUCUCGCCAGCUGGUUUCCGUUAUUGCUCAAUUCGCCCCGAACGAAGACAUCAAGGUCGAGUUGACAAAGCUCGGCAGCGACAAGGAUUAUUUCAAGGAGCAAGUAACCAACCGUCACCUCAAUCUGGCACAGCUCCUAGAAAUCGUAGGCAAAGGCGAGACAUGGUCCAAGGUCCCUUUCUCCUUCAUCAUUGAAACUCUUGUGAAGAUCCAACCCCGCUUCUAUUCCAUCUCCUCGUCUUCUCUCGUUCAGAAGGACAAGAUCUCCAUCACCGCUGUCGUUGAAUCAGUGCAAAAGCCUGGCGCACCAUAUGUUCUCAAGGGUGUCACAACAAACUACUUGCUGGCAUUGAAGCAGAAGCAGCACGGCGACCCGAGCCCAGAUCCUCACGGUUUGGACUAUGCCAUCACUGGACCCCGCAACAAGUACGAUGGUGUUCACGUCCCCGUACAUGUACGUCAUUCAAACUUCAAACUGCCAUCGGAUCCUUCGAAGCCCGUUAUCAUGGUUGGCCCAGGAACAGGUGUUGCUCCAUUCCGGGCUUUCAUACAAGAACGAGCUGCACAAGCAAAGGCUGGUCAAAACGUCGGUAGAACUAUUUUGUUUUUUGGUUGCAGAAAGGAAUCCGAAGAUUUCCUGUAUCAGAAUGAAUGGCCGCAAUACAAGGAAGCUCUUGGUGACAACUUUACUCUCCACACUGCCUUUUCACGAGAUGGUCCCAACAAGGUCUACGUUCAACACCAUCUCGAGGAGUAUGGAGAGGAGGUGAACAGUCUUUUGGAGCAGAAGGGGUACUUCUACGUCUGUGGUGACGCGGCGCACAUGGCUCGCGAGGUCAACACACUUCUCGGCAAGAUCAUCUCGAAAUACAGGAACGUGUCAGAGACGAAGGGCGAGGAGAUUGUCAAGGCUAUGAGGGCAUCGAAUCAGUACCAAGAAGACGUCUGGUCAUGAUCGACGACAUAGAUGGUUUUUUGAGCAUUUUAAGGCUAGAUUGGGAGCGAGUACGGCGUUUCGUCCUCACCCCUUCACCCUUUUGGGUGGUUAGACGCGGAGGUAUCUAGGUUGGAUAUCAGGAUUUGAAUCUCUU